CGGCGUUGGCAAGGGCAGCUCUGGGACGGGGAGACCUCGCGCGCCCGCGGGCCUGGUCGGGGACCACCUGGGCUGCAGCCAUGGAGGACCAGAGGGAGGCUCUUCGGAAGAUCAUCACCACCCUGGCUGUGAAGAAUGAAGAGAUUCAGAGCUUUAUCUACUCCCUCAAGCAGAUGCUGUUGAAUGUGGAGGCAAACUCGGCCAAGGUGCAGGAGGACCUGGAGUCAGAGUUCCAGUCCCUUUUUUCCCUCCUGGAGGAGCUGAAGGAGGGCAUGCUCAUGAAGAUAAAGCAGGACCGUGCCAGUCGCACCUACGAGCUGCAGAACCAGUUGGCGGCCUGCACACGCGCCCUGGAGAGUUCAGAAGAGCUGCUCGAGACAGCCAACCAGACUCUGCAGGCCACAGAAAGUGAGGACUUUCCUCAGGCUGCCAAGCAAAUCAAAGAUGGAGUGACGAUGGCCCCUGCCUUCCGCCUGUCGUUGAAAGCUAAGGUCAGUGACAACAUGAGUCACCUCAUGGUGGACUUUGCGCAGGAGCGGCGGAUGCUGCAAUCUCUCAAGUUCCUUCCAGUGCCCAGCGCCCCGGUGAUUGACCUGGCCGAGUCCUUGGUGGCAGACAACUGCGUGACCCUGGUGUGGCGCAUGCCGGACGAGGACAGCAAGAUUGACCACUACGUGCUGGAGUACCGACGCACGAACUUUGAGGGCCCGCCCCGCCUCAAGGAGGAACACCCUUGGAUGGUCAUCGAGGGCAUCCGGCAGACAGAGUACACACUGACAGGUCUCAAGUUUGACAUGAGAUACAUGAAUUUCCGGGUAAAGGCCUGCAACAAAGCAGUUUCAGGCGAAUUCUCCGAGCCGGUGACCCUAGAGACACCAGCAUUCAUAUUCCGCCUGGAUGCGUCCACAUCCCACCAGAACCUGCGGGUGGAUGAGCUCUCCGUGGAGUGGGACGCCAUGGGCGGGAAGGUGCAAGAUAUCAAGAAAGAUAACAAAGGGCGGACAGCGUCUCCUGUCAACUCCCCGGCAAGAGGCACUCCAUCACCCAAGCGGAUGCCCUCAGGUCGCGGCGGACGGGACCGCUUCACAGCUGAGUCCUACACGGUGCUGGGGGACACGCUGAUUGAUGGCGGGGAACAUUACUGGGAGGUGCGCUACGAGCCUGACAGCAAGGCGUUCGGCGUUGGGGUGGCCUACCGCAGUCUGGGGCGCUUCGAGCAGCUGGGCAAGACAGCAGCUUCCUGGUGUCUGCAUGUCAACAACUGGCUGCAGGUCAGCUUCACCGCCAAGCAUUCAAACAAGGCUAAGGUGCUGGACGCCCCCGUGCCUGACUGCCUGGGCGUGCACUGCGACUUUCACCAAGGUCUUUUGUCCUUCUACAAUGCCCGCACAAAACAGCUGCUGCACACCUUUAAGGCCAAGUUUACACAGCCACUGCUGCCUGCUUUUACGGUGUGGUGUGGCAGCUUCCAGGUGACAACAGGCCUGCAGGUCCCCAGUUCUGUGCGCUGCCUUCAGAAGCGGGGCAGUGCCACCAGCAGCUCCAACACUAGCCUCACCUAGACACUGGACUGCCCACCCAGCAGGGCUGGUUUGGGAGCCGCCACCAGGCAUUGGCUGUUUUAGCCUGACACCCUCUUCUCACUGCUUGGAGCCUUAAUUCCUGAUGGGUGGUCACCAGCAGGAAGCAGGCACCUGGGUGGGUCCUCCUCCCCACCUUGCCUCCUAAUAAAGGUCAAACACUGGCCAGGC